AUGAGUGCUUCUCAACGUUCUCAAUUAAGCCACCGGAACAUCAUAACUUGGUUAUUCGUCUUAAUAUUAAUCAUUUAUCUUAUUUACUCCACAAAUUACAUUCUUAACAAUGAUGAUUCAGAUUGUUCUUCCAAUAUCAAUGAAAUUGAUCAUCUUUCGACGAAUAAUAACACAACUAUUCUUCAAGAUGAAGAGAAAAAAAACGAACAGAAUGAUGAAAAUGUACUACGAAAAAAAGAAGAGGAAACUAAUCUCAAACAUGUAGUGUUUGGGAUAGCUGCAUCGUCGAUUUUGUGGGAUAAAAGGAAAGAGUAUAUUAAAUUAUGGUGGAAACCAGGAGAGACAAGAGGUGUUGUUUGGUUAGAUGAAAAUGUCAAAAUUAAUAACAAUGAACCCUUACCUGAUAUUAAGAUUUCAGAUGACACUACAAAAUUUCAUUAUACGAAUAGACAAGGGAGUAGAUCGGCUCUAAGGAUAUCUAGGGUUGUUUCGGAGACAUUAAGGUUGGGCUUGAAAGACGUGAGAUGGUUCGUGAUGGGGGAUGAUGAUACGGUAUUUUUUGUGGAAAAUGUAGUUAGGGUUUUAUCAAAAUAUGAUCAUAACCAAUAUUAUUACAUUGGUAGCUCAUCAGAAAGUCAUGUACAAAAUAUAUUUUUUUCAUAUUCAAUGGCUUAUGGUGGUGGUGGAUUUGCAAUUAGUUAUCCAUUGGCAAAAGAGUUAGAAAAAAUGCAAGAUCGUUGUAUACAAAGAUAUCCUGGAUUGUAUGGAAGUGAUGAUAGAAUUCAAUCUUGUAUGGCUGAACUUGGUGUACCACUUACAAAAGAACGCGGGUUUCAUCAGUAUGAUGUAUAUGGGAACUUACUAGGCCUAUUGGGAGCACAUCCAGUGACACCACUAGUCUCACUUCAUCAUCUUGAUGUAGUAGACCCAAUAUUCCCAGGAAUUUCGAGGGUUGAAGGUCUCCAACGCCUAUUCGAAUCAUCGAGACUCGACUCUGCUAACCUAAUGCAACAAUCAAUUUGCUAUGACAAAGAGAGAUAUUGGUCAAUUUCAGUGUCAUGGGGCUAUGUUGUUCAGAUAAUUAGAGGAAAUGUUUCACCUAGAGAACUUGAAAUGCCUACAAGAACAUUUCUCAAUUGGUACAAAAGAGCAGAUUACACUGCUUAUGCAUUCAACACUAGGCCUGUCACAAGACAUCCUUGCCAGAAACCUUUUGUAUAUUACAUGAACACCGCGAAAAUUGAUCAUUCAAGAAAUCAGAUUAUUGGGAUUUAUUAUAGACAUAGAGAGCCUUCACCUUCUUGCAGAUGGAAAAUUGAGUCACCUGAGAAUAUCAACAACAUUGUUUUGUUGAAAAGACCAGAUAACAAUAGAUGGCAAAAGUCUCCAAGGAGGGAUUGUUGUGGUGUUUUACCAUCAAACAAUAACUCAAAGUCAAAUUUGUACAUGUGGGUAGGCAGUUGCAGAGAUGGUGAAAUCAGUGAAUUGUAGCUGUUAGGGAGAGAGGCUUUACUUCAUUUUUAUUUUUUUUUCUAGUUUAUCUGUAGUUCGAUUUCUAGGCCAUCCAAAUAUUGGAAGUAUAAAAUGAAAUUGCAACACCUAAAUCAUUCAAUAUUUUCCCUGUGUAAACAUCACACUAAUUUACACCAUUGUAGCUUUUUGUACAAGUCAAAUCUGUUACCAGACAUAUUAUAGCUUAUAUAGGCUAUUUUGCCUUGAAA